UUUCGCAAGCAAAUACGGUCUCCAGUCAUCCCACCAAUGCCAGCACAGCGGCUAAGGGGAUGGUGACGGCGCCACCUGUUGACAGGAAUGCACAGUAUUUCUACUGCCCGCCCGUGCAGGACACGUCAGUGGUAGUACCAAUACCCGAGGCAGACUACAGCCUGAGUUUUAUAGCUACAGGGGCGGAUGAACCCACGUCUCUUGAUGCGGACCAGAUCAAGAUCUCGUUGGACGACGAUGACUCGGAUGGAUCGGGUGAGGUACCGCUGCCGCCCCCUAUGCUUCCCAUGCUUAUCAACCCCUCGGCAAAGUCAACGGGAGGCGUGCCGUCGCCUUUCAUCGACACGACUAUUGUUGAGCAGGUGCCUGCCAGGGAGCCCAGGCCCGACGCCAAACCUAUCCGAAGUGCACUUAAGAGGGCAGGUGCGCCGGGCAGCCCUCAGCCGGCGGCCCGCGGCGGCCCAGGCCUGCGCGAGCCGCCCAGCCCCAAGACCGUGUCGAUAGGCGGAGCCGGCCGCCAGCCGAGUCCGAAGCUCGUUGCCGCGGCGAUGCAGCGCAACGGCGCGAUGCCUAGUCCGAAGCUGCCGGUGGCGGCGAUACUCACGUCGCCGGCCGGCCGCCAGCCCGCACCCGCCGCCCGCCAGCCCGCACCCGCCAGCACUGCCGCCGUCAAGUUCACCGCCGCUGCAGAAUCUCCUGGGCGGACGAAGCCUCAGGUAGCGGCGAAGCCUCGCUUUGCGGCGGACAGCGGCGAGAACAAGGAGAACGUGAGGGUCUAUCGUCCGCGCGUCGUCAUCCGCAACCCGGCCAAGUACGACAACGACGACACCGACGAUGAGGAUGUACCAUACAGGGACGACGACGACGACGACGAUGAUGAUGACAGCAACCCCACCUACACUCCGUCUGCCAUCCGAGGUCGGAAGGCUUGA